UCGACAUUGCUGUUUUGCUAAUUCAUGGAUAAUGGCCCCAGUAGACACCUACUGGUACCUGGAGCAUCCAACCACCGGCAGAAAGAUAAUUCUGCACGCUGGUGAAAAUACGCUCGGCAGGCACUCAACCUGCAAGUUUAUUUUGUGCAGCUUUGACUUUUUGUCCAGGAUGCACGUCAAGUUGAUUGUCAGCCAUAAUAAUAGUGUUGUUGUGGAACAGUUGAACGCACUCAAUGGCGUCUUUAUCAACAACAUUAAAAUGGUGAAAAAGACACAGUCACUGAAAUGUGGUGACAUUAUUGGACUUGGAGUGGAUAUGGACAAGAAACCAAAUGCUGUGGUGCCAUCAAAUCAUGCGGUAUUCAAGUUAAAACAAACCUGCACAAAUGCCGACGAAACUGUGCUCAUUUCGGAUGACGAGGGAGACGAAGUGGGCAAGAAUUUUGAGAAUCUGCAGAAUCAAGAGAUCAAACAAGAGAUAAGGCCGCCAGACCCAGAGCCAGAGGCAAUUGACAUGGAGAUUAGAAGCUACAAUGAGAAUCGCGAAAUACAUUUGCCCAAAUUGCCAGAUGUGAAACAGGAACAUAUAUCACAGGCAACCAAGACUGUUCAAGAACUAUUUGGAGAACCCGAUGAGGAUUUCCUAGAGUCCGCUUUAAAUGUAAAUCCCUAUGUUUACAAGCAGCUGAAUAACAAUAAUAAUAAUGUGAACGCCAAAAAAGCCGGCAAAAUAUGCGAUGGCGAUAUUAUAGAGUUAAACGACAACUCCACAUCUAAUAAUAAUGAUUUAAGUAAUGUAAAUGUCAAUGAUAAUGGCGUUAUCAUAAAGUUAAAUGACAACGCCACAUCAACUUAUAAUAAUUUAAAUAAUGCAAAUGUAAAUGAAACUGUCAAUAGUAAUGAUAAUGCUGACUAUGAUGAAGUCAUGGCCAUGUCGCAAGCUGUGCUGCAGGAGAUGAAAGAGGAAAUGGCCGAUACACGCAACGAUCUCAGCGAGGAGGACUUUCUGUCGCCGUUUAAAACCGAAACAGAUGUGGCCACCCGUAUCAUCGAUGAUGAAAUUAUCAUUAUUGAAGAUGAUGAUGAUGAGCUCUUCGAAAAGGUGGCAGAUUGGUCAUCGAGGCUGCUUUCCCAAAAGGUCAUGUCUCCGAUAUAUGGAGCGGAAGGCCAGGAUGCCGAGGGACAGCAUCAGAGUCUGCAGGCAGAGUCAAAUCUUUAUACCAGACGCAGAUUCAAAUCGCUGCGCAUUGAAGACAGCGACGAGGACGUUGCUGAUCCUGGUCCUUAUCCUGCCCCAUGCCUAGCUGUGCCAACCACAACUGUGGAAUUGAAUAUCAAACGGUGCAGGGUGCGUCUAAAAUCCAUUGAUGUGUCACAGUAUCAACCAAAUACAAGCGACCCAAGUGACGCCAAUGAGAAGUCGGAUGCUAUGGCUGUCGAGUCUGUCGAGCCUGUGGAUCCUCAAGCGAAUAGCAAUCAACUAUUGGAAGUGAUUCUGGUACCACAAACGACGUCUAAACCGAGUAAAUCGAAGUCAAAAACAAAGACAAGCAAAACAAGCAAGCGAAAACCGGAAAAAUCUUCAGAUUCUCCUCCUAAAGAGCUAAAGAAAUCUUCGCAAAAAGUUGUGUCAGUUGCAAAGCCAGCAGAAACAACAAAACGGUUGCGCGAUAAACCCAAAUCUUGUUAUUUGGAAAGCCCAAUGGAGGUAGAAACGAAUGAUCCUAAGCCUUCUACUAGAAAGUUUAUUUCCACACGAUCGGAUUUUUUUGAGGGCAUCAAAGAGAAUGGAAAAUCUUUAACAAUAGAGCCUGUGGAUCCUAAGUCGUCCACUACAAAAGAUGUCCCUAUACCAGAAAAUGUUCCUAAUGCCAAAGAGUUGGCAAAAUCUUCACCAAACAAGACUCCAAUAGCAAAGCCAGUAGAGCCAUUCAAACUAAACCACUCCCGCUUACGCAAUAGAUCCAAAUCUUGUUACAUGGAACGACCCAUGGAGUUAGAAACAAAUGAUCCGGAAACGCCAACAAAAGUAGUCAAGAAAAGCAAGGAUUUAAAUCGAGGAUCAAAACCAGUUAGCGAGGAAUCAAGUCGAGGACCAAAACUUGUAACAGCGCCACAUUUACCUGUACAUCGUGGCAAAUUGCGCGGAGUGUCCGCCGAACAGAAGAAGGAAACGGAGAAAAACACAGUGCGAAAAAAUGAGAUUUUGGAUAAACAACGAACGCUGGAAUACCAAGUGGAAAUGAAAAAGAAAUGGUAUCAAAAGCCAAAGGAUAAGAAAAAGGAAUAUGAAGAAAAUAAGAAAAUGCGUCGUGAGCAUUUGCAAAAACUGGCGGAAAAAUCCAAGGAAAAAUCAAACAACUCCACGGAUACUGCAAAAGGAGAGAAGCGUAACCAGUUACACGUGCCCACACUCGGCAAUUGCAAUCGUGGUGAAUUUCUAACCAAGGAAUUGCAGCCACCAGUGGCAAAGAAAGCCAAACUGGAUAAGGAAACGGAUAAAAAGCGAAAGACGUCUCUAAAAGCAAUACCAAAGCGUCGUGCCACCAUUGAAUGCUUCUCACAAAAUUUGGAUGAGGCUAAUCCCAGCGAGAAUUGGGCUAAUGCCGGCGAGAAUGCGCCUAAGAGUCCGCCGUUCUACUAUUGUCGUCCGCCGGAGCGUAAAGAGGCGGAAAUGGCGCGCAAUACACGUACCUGCAAUCGGGUUACAUUUGCCGAUAUGGAUCGUGAUUUUAAAUAUCGACAGGACAUGAAUAAAUUGUCUAAACGCAAUCGUCAUGUUCGAUUUAAUGAUGAUGUUCAGAUCAAAUACAUUGAACGUAUCGAAGGUGCCAUGAGAAAGGUGAAUAAUGCCAAGGAUACCAACAAGUUUUCACUGAGUAAAUACUCUGAGCGACGGGAAUGGGCACAGACCAAGGGAAAAUUGGAGAAUUAUACGGAUCUGAUAACCGGAAAUAUACUUAGCUGGGGUAAUCAAUGGCUCUUACUAGGUAAUCCAAGUGAUGUGGCCGAAAAGGAUGUCCUAAUGCCAAUACCAACCGAAUUCAAGAGCUACAAACAGUACAAAGAAACCAUAAUACCACUAAUGAAGCUGGAGCUACUAACCACCAUAGAACGCGAAUAUAAAUCCAACAGCACCACAUUUGAAGUCACUCUGAAGAGCUAUUCCAGGGAGAACACCAGACAUCGUCCACGUUUCUUACUGGUCACAAGAUACAGCAACAAGCCCGUUAAGAAAUAUGACCUUUAUACUCUACGCAGUAGCGAUCGGUUGAAAGAAAUCUUCGCGACAUUGCCCCGCAUGCAGCGCAUAGCCGGCAAUGUAUACGAGUUGACCUUUGAAAUCUUGCAAAAGGACAUUUCAAUGGAAAUGCUACAACCCGUUAAGACGCUAACUUGUCGGCCAGUUGUGGAUAAUAUGCGAGUGGAGUUGGGUGCAUUUAAUGGGGUUUAUCAACUUGGCCGCUCGCCGCUCUUCCAACGCAUCCUGCAGCCCAGCGAGAAUGUGAUAUCCUUUGACAGCAAGCAUUUUAAGGGCGCCGGAUAUAGAGGCUUCAAGCGACUGAAUCCCCAUCAGACGGACAUUUGUCUAAGCACCUGGAUACGCCUGACUGACGAUUCGACACCAAGUAUAACACUGAUACAGGGUCCACCGGGAACUGGCAAAUCGGCGGUCAUCUAUAAUUUGGCGCUACAGUGCACAUAUGGAACCACACAUCUCACUCUGGAUCGCAAGAUUCUCAUUUGUGCGCACAGCAAUGCAGCUGUGGAUAAUAUCACCUUUAAAUUGAAUCAGGCAAGGAAUGCUAUGGGUCAUUCCAAGUUUCACUUGUUAAGAUUUGGUUGCUUUGAGAAGAUGCAUCAGAGUGUGCGUGAGGUGUCGCUGGAGCAGCUGCUGAGCCAGGAGCGUGAGGAGAAGCGCAAACGUCUGACACCUGACAAUGUAGCCAGUCUACUCCAACAACAGCUGGAGCUGAUAAUGGAGAUUGCCGAGAUCAAACAACGCUCGGUGCAGCUGAGUUAUUUGCAACAGCAACUGCAAACGAAGGAACAACAACUGAGAUUGGUCAAUGAGCGACUGAAUCCACCGUUGACGCCACGGGAGGAAUACGAGCUAACCAAAAAGUAUAUACAACGUGCCAAUAUUGUGUGCACAACCCUUUCGAGCUGCGUUAAAUUGGCCACAUUCAUAGAUUACUUUGAUGCGUGCAUCAUUGAUGAGGCCACACAGUGCACCGAACCCUGGACUCUUCUCCCACUUCAGUUUGGCGUGCGAGGAUUAGUACUCGUCGGAGAUACACAACAAUUGCCGGCAACAGUGCUAUCUAAGAAGGCCAUUGAAUUUGGACUGGGCAACUCAAUGUUUGAUCGCAUACAGCGUAACUUAAAACAACAGCUCCUCAAGGAGAAGGGAAAUAGUUUUGUACAUACCAAAGUCUACAAAUUGAGUAUGCAGUAUCGCAUGCAUCCAGAGAUUUGCCGUUGGCCCAAUAAUUACUUUUAUGAGGGUGAAUUGGUCAAUGCCAAUUGCACACAGUAUCUAACAUCUCCCAUUAUUCCGUAUUGUGUCAUCAAUUUGAGUUUCACACGGGACACAAAUGAUUCUAGCAGUCGGAGCAUUAGCAACGAUGAGGAGGCGCGUUUUGUGGCCAAGUUGCUGAUGGAGCUGGAUAAGCAUAUGCCCGCUUCAAAGUUUAGAUAUGGAUUGAUAACGCCUUAUAGCAAUCAAUGCCAUAUACUCAGCCAAAUGAUACCGAGUCACAUGAGCAUCACACCGCACACGGUGGAUGCGUAUCAGGGUCAGCAGCGAGAUGUCAUUAUCCUGUCGAAUGCACGCACUCGAGGCGUUGGCUUCCUUACCAAUUACCAGCGUCUUAAUGUGGCCAUCACUAGACCACGUCGUUGUCUAAUCAUCUGCGGCAAUUUCGAUGACUUAAAGGCUGUAGAUAUGUGGCGUCAUUUGCUGGAUGAUGCUCGAAAACGACAAAUUUACUUUGAUCUGAAACGCAGCGAUGUCAAUGAAUUAAAUCGCUCUCUGAUUAAAAAAAUUCUUGUUAAGCCCAUUGAAAUUUAAGAUAAUUCUCCUUUAGAUACGGUGUAAUCCAAACGAUUCCAAUAUGUAUAUAUAUGAAUAUAUAUAAUUGGCUCUUAAUUAAGUGCACUGUGUAUAAACACCUUUACUUUGAUCUGAAGCGCAGCGAGGUUGAUAAAUUAAAUCGCUCUCGAAUUAAAGAUCAUUUAAAUGAUUUAAAAUAAUAUAAAUCUAUAUAUAAUACACAUAA